CAGCAGCACUCAAACCUUGCAGGCUUUUGCCCUCUGGAGCUUGUACUAACACACACUCCUCUUACGAGAGUUCAUGCUACAACUUAGCACAGAACUGUACAUUUUUGGAAGAACAGUGUAUUCAUUUUGGCAUUGUGCAGAGCAAAGUAAGCUCGGUGGCCUCUUCACUCCUCAAAAUGAUAGCAAUCUCUGCCGUCAGCAGUGCGCUCCUGUUCUCCCUUCUCUGUGAAGCAAGUACUGUCGUCUUACUCAAUUCCACUGACUCAUCUCCGCCAACCAAUAAUUUCGCUGAUAUUGAAGCAACUCUAAACGCACCACUAGAUUCAACGGAUAUUCCCAAAGCCAGGCGGAAGCGCUACAUUUCGCAGAAUGAUAUGAUCGCCAUUCUUGAUUAUCAUAAUCAAGUUCGGGGCAAAGUAUUCCCACCGGCAGCAAAUAUGGAAUAUAUGGUUUGGGAUGAAAAUCUUGCAAAAUCUGCAGAGGCUUGGGCAGCUACUUGCAUUUGGGACCAUGGACCUUCUUACUUGCUGAGAUUUUUGGGCCAAAAUCUAUCCGUAAGAACUGGAAGGUACCGCUCUAUUCUCCAGCUGGUCAAGCCGUGGUACGAUGAAGUGAAAGAUUACGCCUUUCCAUACCCUCAGGAUUGCAACCCCAGGUGUCCUAUGAGGUGUUUCGGUCCCAUGUGCACACAUUAUACGCAGAUGGUUUGGGCCACUUCUAAUCGCAUAGGAUGCGCACUUCACACUUGCCAGAACAUGAAUGUUUGGGGAUCAGUAUGGCACCGAGCAGUAUACUUGGUAUGCAACUAUGCCCCAAAGGGCAACUGGAUUGGGGAGGCUCCAUACAAAGUGGGAGUGCCAUGUUCAUCCUGCCCUCCGAGUUAUGGAGGCUCGUGUACCGACAAUCUGUGUUUUCCAGGAGUAACAUCAAACUACCUGUACUGGUUUAAAUAAGCCUACUUUUUUCUCCCCAGAAAAUAUAAUACUUUCUGGGAAUCAUAGGCAUAUAUGUAUAUUUAAUUUUGCACAUAUUAUACAUAUUUUAUGAUAAUCAUGUUUUCAGGUUAGUAUUCAUUUGUAUAGUGUUUGUCUAGUAUGUUGUUUAACCAUUAGAUACAAUCAAAAUAUCAAUUUCUAUUUUCUGACCUCUUAAGUCUAAAUUAAAAUAUUGUAUAUGUAGUGAUAACAUAGUUCUUACAUCCAAUUCCAAAAUUUGCAUUAAAAGGAGUUAUAGUAUUAUGUUCCUAGGGAAUAUAAUACAUGUUCAAUCAUAAUGUAUGCAUAUGUAUGUGUCCAUAUAUACAUAUGGAUACACACAAACACAUACUAUAUCUUGUAACAUAUAAAUCCUAUGGUACUACAGUUGAAGGAAAUUGAAAACUAUUCUAAAGUACAUUUGAGGUGGUGGGGCAUGUUCAACGCCAUUUCUGUGUUACUCACAAGAUGAUACUUUGCAAAACAACACUGAAUAAUAUUUGCAACUGAUAAUUUCAUUGAGUAAUUAUAAAUUUCAUUCUGGAGACAUUUUAUCUCAUUUGGGUCCAUUGAAGUGUAUGGUCAAUUUAUACCUGUAUUUAGUUUCAUUGUAUUCAGUCAAUAGUCACAUGUUGAACGCUUACCUUAUACAAGGGACUCUGUUGAUUAUAAUCUGAUAAUGCAAAUAUAGACAUAGUUUUGGCCCUGAGGAAGCUCACAAAGAUAUUCGGGGAAUAAAGAAGCCUCGUGAUUUUUCACUAACUUAAUUUUUAACAAAUUGAUUUUUAUGUGGUUUUGAGGAAGCAAACACAGUAACAGACCACACCUGUAGGUGGAGUAAGUCCCAGGAAAAUUUAGUUCAGGUUCUUGGAACAAGAAGAAGAAGGGAGAAAUGAGAAGCUGCCCACAGGUUUCUGGAGCAGAGUAGAUAGUGAAGACUUUGGAAAGCUGAAAGCAAGAUGCUCAAAAACCUGAUGAAGUCCAAGAAAAAUAAGAUUUGGGGGACAGAUGAUAAACCUCAGAAGUAGGGUGAUUGCACCAGAAGACAGGUGGAGGGUGUCAGAAGGUCGUAUUCUGACAGUGUGGUCCAUCCUCAGGCCCAUUAACAAGUGGUGGAGAUCUCAGAGAUGUGGGGCCCUCAAGGACUCCUCUCUCCCUCACUGCCUGUGUGUGUUGAGACUCAAUCUACUUAUCAUCUUGGUCCCUUGAAUAUUAUAUUAAAGAUCUUUCAUUCAUGCUUCAUGGAGACAGGAUUUUGUUACCUUUUGGGACAUUUUUCUAAGUCUUGACUACCAAACUUUAUUUCCAUGCUUCUGUAGAAGAAAAAUGUUCAGUUCUUUAUUACCUUUGAUUAUGAAAAUCAUUUGCCAUUAUGAAAAUUUCACUUAUGUGAUAUGGAAAUACAACAUUUCCUCCUUCAUGAAGUUCUUUUCAGAGAGGAAAAUGCAACAUUUUGGUCAAGGUAACUUAACAUGUCACGUUUUAAUUGCUUGUGUUUUGUUUAGUGUAGUGCUUCUAUAGGAUCACAGAGCAAGUAAACAAAGUUCUGGAAUGCAAGUAACAGAAGGAAGCUAGUAGUUUAAAUUCUGUACACACUUGCAGUUUCUUAGGGUGGAUACAUUAAAAGAUGACAGAUAACUAAUUAGAUCCAUUCAACGGGAAAAGAAUCCAACAUCUGGAGACUGGGUCUAUUUGAUGACUAACAACUGGCCCAAUUAUGUUUAUAAAUUGAAUAUGUUGACCAAAUGUUUUGCUUCCCUACCACCCUGCCUUUGUGGGCACACAUGUGGAUGCUAUUAAAAAUAAACAUUUUGAGUAGUAAAAUGAAGUAAUUCUAUGAUUUAGGCCCCAAUCCAAUUUCACAUACAAUACCUAGGCAAUUGGAGGGAAACUCCAUGACUGGGCUAUUUGCUUGAUAUAUCUAGAAAACAUAUUCAUCUUUAACAAUGUUGUAGUAUUCUAUGAAAACUUCAAUAAAUAUUAAUAAUCAAUUUGACUUCCAAAUUCCAGCUCCCUUGCCAGUUUACUUGAAUAGCUUGAUUUCUUAGUUCUACACAUUUCAGAGGCUCCUAUGAAGGUAAAUUUCGCAUAUUAAUACAAAUUUAUGAAAAUUAAAAUUUUCCUUAAUAGAGCUCCUUUUGGGCACAAACUUUGUCUAAUGCUUUGUAUUUAUCCUAACUUUUUAUAUAGUAGCUGCAAUGUAAUAUAUGUUUAUUUGAAUGGACUUUUAGUGUUAGCUGAAAAGCUUAGAAUUGCAACAAUUUAGCGGAAUGUCACCUCAUCCUUUUUUUAAAUCACAAAUAUCUCUUAAAUAUAAAGCUUUGAAUGUGACAGAAAUCCAAAAACAUUGUCAAACAAUUCUGAUUAAGACUAGAAUCUACACACUUAUAAGUUAUGGUUGCAUAACAGUUCUUUCUAAGAUGCAAGAGGAACAGUAAGCUUAUUUAUAAUUUAACAACUAAACUGAAAUAGAGUGGGCAUAUUUGUUAUUCUGUCUUUACUUUUUAAAGUUAGUAAGAUAAAACAGCCAUGUGAAGUAUUUUAUUUUCUAGGUUCAAGUAAAUGAAAAUUUACUAGAAUCAGCACAGCCUUUCAUAUUUUUCAUAGCAUACAAUGGUGGUGCUAGGAUAACUAUUUUGCACUGUAAUCCCAGAGACAGAAAGGGCCUGGGUAUAAGCUAUUUCAUAAGAGCAGCUCUUAAAGAGUCAGUACUGAGGUUUUUACUUGGAAAUGUUUCACUUAAAAGAAAUGGUAAUUGGCAUAUAUAUUCUACAGUAUUGAUUUUUCUUUCUAACCAUUCUUUAUUCAAUGGAAAACUCAGAAUAUUAUGUUCCAAUGUAGGUUCUUGGCCUCUAUAUCAAAGAAAGAAUGAAAAAUACCAUUUUAGCUCUUAAAUAGAUGGAUUUCUUUAUAAAAUUGUCUCCAAGUUGUGUAGGCACAGUCUUAAUAUUCUUGGUUAUGACAAAUCAGCGUGCUUUGGAAGCAUGGAAGAAAUAGUGGUUGCUAUUGCUUUGGAUAUUGCUCAGUAGUGUAAACAUCAAAUCUCUGUGGCCCGUCAGAGCUUCCCUAGCAACUUCAUUUGGUGGUGCUGACAUCUCCCAUCUGAAACCUUUGUGAAAACAUUCACUUCCAAGUUUCAUGCAGCUGUAGGACAGAGUUGACCACAUGGCAGCUCAAGUCAACUAACACAGUUUUCUCAGAAUCUUUGAAUUGAAAUAAUAUCUAUUUCCCCAUUUCCACAUAGUUGUGUUAAGUCAGUUUACAACAUCUGUAUAAGUAACCUUAAUACAUCUAUGCCAGUUUGAAUAUUUUAGGUUCAUGUCCUGUCUAUUAAAUAAAUGCAGAAUCCAGACUGAUAUGUUUAAUGUUUCCACAAAGGCACAGUAACUCUGAGACUUUGGUCUUUGCUUUUCACCAGUGUAACAAUAUACACUGGGCUCUUCACAGCACAAGAGGCAAAUCUUGACAGAGAUAGAAGUCUUUACCUGCUCAAGUAUUUAGGGAGGAUAAAAUUACAUUUCUAUUAAUAUUUAAUAUUAUCUUUAUUAUUAUUUUAUAUUGUCAUAUGUGUGAGUGAAGACAUUUAAACGUAUGCAAAAUGAUUUUUUAAAUUAUGUCAUGGUCUAAUUUUGACUUAUGAAAGGUCAAUUAAAAACUUAGAAUGUUUAAUAAUUCACUGGUUAAUGGUGCUAAAAACACAUUACAAUCACCAUAGUCUUGUUUCAAUUUUGAGGGUUUUUUUUCAAUUGAAAUUAUUAAGUAUGAGCUGUCACUAUCUAUUCUGGUGCUAAACAUAUGGUGCUAAGUAAAUUGUUAAUGUUAAUGGCUUUAGGGAUGUUUCUUUGUUCAUUCAAUUUUUGAUUCAGAAAUGUUAAUAAAAAACCUAUGUCAAAUUAAUCUUCACCAAAAAUAGGCCAGUUAAAUCUGUUUUAUUUAAUAAUCAACAUUAUUUAAGUGCUGCAGAAUGCAAAUGUGUUUCUUUAGCAGUUACCACUUUUCUUCUUUAAAGCAUUUUUUUUUAGCUUGGCAAUGUCCAAACUCAAGAAUCACCUGAAGUUUGAUGAUUUCACCCUGUUAUUAACCAUACUGCAGACCCUAGCGCCCUCUGCUGGUCAUGGAAACAAAUUAUGGGUGGCUUCUUGUCCAGAGCAAAAGUCAUUUGCUUUCGGCAAAAUUUUGAGUUGCAUAAUAUUAGAAUUCUUGACUAUGCCCCAGUCACACAGCAUCUAAAACGCUUGACUCCAGUGAUAUCCUUUAUGAAAAGGGUAAGAGAGAGUUAAUGUAUCCUGGCACCUACUUUCCUAAAUAUUAUUAUUUUUACAUGAUUUUCCAUUUCUAAGGGUACUUAUUAAAGUGUUUUUGCUUUUUCUCUUUUGAAACAGGUACUGCUAAAACUUAUUUUUCCUUGGUUUAUGUCAUAAGUACAAUUAUAAUUACAAUUAGUAAAAAGGAUUGUGGUGUCUCAUUUUCAGGAAUAAUUAUUUUUAUUUAGAGCAGUACAUAAGAUUAAAAGGAGAUGUAAUAAAUAACUGGUACAUACAUAAAAGAUCUCUCCAUCCUUAAAUGUUGGUGUAUAAUUCAGCAAAUUAUAAAAUUUUAAUAUUCCAUUCAAAGUCCUUCUACCUUGUAAGUGUACAUUUCUUACCUACUGGUGAGAAUUAUGUUUCCAAUAACUAGUAAAGGCAAUGAUAUUCUCAGGUAAAUAUUUUCUAAAUAUUUUCAAUAGAAUCUUUUCUAUGCUCUAAAUUUUAUGUAAAGCCCCAAAGUAGAGUCCCCAUGAAAUGUAUCUUCUCUUUCUCCACAUCUUCCUUAGUGCCAGGGAAUAGUUUUCUGUGAGCCCUAGGAUUUCACUAAAUGGAAAACAUCUACCUAAAUUAUGCAAUAGUUCCUAUUUUUUCUUAAACAAUCUGCUAAGGAGAAAAGGAAAAAACCUAAGGCCUAAGACAUUUGAGGGCUUAAAGUACUUCAGUGGUUCUUUCAACUCCUCAGUUCACUUUGCAUGUGCUAGCAGUCCAUUCGUUUGGGGGAAAAUCAAAUGAUGGGCUAAACUGGUGCUUGGUUGCCUAUGACAGCGUCUUGUGUUGUGUUAUGUUAUGCAGAAUGUUGGUAUCAUACUAUCAAUUAGAGGUGAUUGCAAUUCAUAUAUGAAAACAGUACAUCUUAAAAACACAUAAUAUGUUUUGGAUAUUUGUAUAGCCUUAAAAUGUAUUGUAUCAUUUUGGGAUUUUUAAAGAUGAAUUUGGUAAGCUCGAUUCCAUACUUAAAACUAUACUGGUGCCUUUGAUGUCAUGAUAUCAUGUCAUAAGUGUGUACAUAUCUAACACCUAUGUAAACCUCUGUCCUGAUGAAUCAUAACCAAUGUAGCAGUCUGAGUCCACCGUAUUAUUUUUUAUUUUAAUAAAAGAUUAUGAUGAGUUA